AUGCAGGUAGCACAAAGUAGACAUAAAAGUUAUGCUGAUGUGAGACAGAGAGAUCUCGAGUUUCAUGUGGGAGAUAAGGUGUUCUUGAAAGUAGCACCUUUGAAGGGUGUUCUGCAAUUUGAAAAGAAGGGAAAGUUGAGUUUUCGUUUUGUUGGACCGUUUGAGAUUCUAGAGCAAGUUGGCCUUGUGGCGUAUCGUUUGGUGUUGUCACCAUCACUUUUUGUUGUUCAUAACAUGUUCCAUGUUACGAUGUUCAGAAAAUAUGUUGUGGAUCCAUCCCACAUGGUGGAUUACGAGCCAUUGGCAAUCGAUGAUUAUUUGAGUUAUGUAGAGCAACCAGUUGAGAUUUUUGCUAGAGAGGUAAAGAUGUUGCGUAAUAGAAGAAUUUCCUUAGUCAAAGUUUUAUGGUGGAAUCACAAAGUUGAAAAGGCUACGUGGGAGAGAGAAGUUGACAUGAGAGCUCGUUACCCAGAGUUGUUCGAGGAUUAG